CCCCGCUGCUCCCCUCCCUACCAGCCCCAGCUGUCAGCUCCCCUCCUGACUUCCCCCACCCUGCCCCCGGUACCAUGGCGUCCAGCGAGGAGGACGGCACGGUUGAGGAGAAGGAAAACAACAACAAGAAGAGAACGAAAAGCGCCCUCGCUACCGCAUGGCUCACUUUCUACAACAUCGCCAUGACCGCCGGGUGGCUGGUUUUGGCCAUGGCAAUGAUCCGCUUCUACAUCCAGAAAGGCACACACAAGGGUCUGUACAGAAGUAUAGCGAGGACGCUCAAGUUUUUCCAGACCUUCGCAUUAGUUGAGGUGGGGCAUUGUGCCAUCGGAAUUGUGAGGACUUCUGUGAUUGUAACCGGGGUUCAAGUGUGUUCACGGAUUUUCAUGGUUUGGUUCAUCACCAACAGCAUCAGACAGGUCCAGAGUGAAGAAAGCGUAAUCCUAUUCCUGGUUGUGUGGACGAUGACAGAGAUUACCAGAUAUUCCUACUACACAUUCAACCUGCUCCACCACCUGCCGUACUUCAUCAAAUGGGCCAGAUACAACCUCUUCAUCGUCUUGUACCCGCUGGGAGUCGUCGGAGAACUGAUGACCAUUUAUGCUGCGCUGCCGUUCGUACGCAGAUCUGGAAUGUACUCCAUGAGGCUCCCCAACGUGUAUAACGUGUCGUUCGACUACUACUACUGCCUCAUCAUUGUCAUGUUGUCCUACAUCCCACUGUUUCCUCAGCUCUACUUCCACAUGCUGCGGCAGAGGAGAAGGGUGCUUCACGGGGAGGUCAUAGUGGAGAAGGACGACUAGGACAAGUCACCACCUCAUGCCUUCGUUUGAGCCAGCCCUGUCUCCACGUCACCCUCACUACUUCCCACACUACUUCAUCUCCACAAGCAUCUUUACCACCAAAUGGCCGUUACAUUCUUCAUCGCACGGGACCGGGAGAGCUGCACAGAUUCAUGACUUCACGAGGAGGAGUUAGCAAUAAUAACCGAUCCUGAGUGUUUCUUCACAGGAUUAUAUCUGAAUGGUAAUAUUGGAAACAUGUUUACAGUCCCAGUGUUGCUGGAGCUUGAGACGUAUCCAUCCCCGAUGAGUCCUUUAAUCACCCAUCACCAGCCUUACUGCACCUUGAACAUGAGCCACAACACUGCACCCACCUGUCUGAAGGAGAAAAAUGAGAGGUUUCCAGGGAAAUGUGAAAUGAAACAUAGGAGGAAGAUUGUAAGUUAUGUCUCCUGAGUCGUCCCCCAACCUAACUAAUUGGCGUUUUUUAGUAUUUUUUGAGUGUAUUCCCACGACAGACAUAGUGUGGCUGUAACAAAACAAGGUUUCAAAAGAGAGGAAUAUUUAUAGUUUUAUCAUACCUCAACAAAUAAAUCUACAUUUAGACAAUAUGCUGCUUCUUUUGUGUACGUUUGUUGUAUGUGUAAAUGAUGCAAUGUGAAAUGAGCGGUUAAAUAAGUAAGGCAUGUUUCUUAACGAUAAUGUGUUCACAUACUGUUAUCACUUAGAGCAAGCACAGCUCAAACUUAACAUUUUGUCCCGCUCGGCUCAGCUCCCUGCAUUCUUUUAAUGUUGCUUUGAUGUUUACUUAAUGUCAAAUUAAUUUUACAAAGAGUGCAUCUUAAACAAAACAAAAAAAAAAAA